AUGCCUGACAACACAAUUUCGGACCAGUAUUGGCGCUUGCCGCCCAUCUCUCGUACUUUGGCCACGUGGAUGUUCUUGAGUUCGGUCGGUCUAUAUUUUGGUUUCGUUCCCAGUCAAUGGCUGGGAUGGCACUCAAGCUAUAUCCUGCGGUUCCCGCCGCAAAUAUGGCGCCUCGCGACGGGUUUCCUCAUCACGGGUCCCCAGCUUGGCCUGCUGUUUGACACGUACUUUUUCUACAAGGCGGCCAGCGAUAUGGAGACGGGCCACCCGCGGAUGCGACGCAAAGAGGACUUUAUCUGGUAUCUCAUUUGCGUGUGCAGCUUCAUUGCAAUCAUUGAUUACUUUGUCGCCAUCAUGCCCUUCUUUGCUCUGACGCGCGGCCUCAUCGUCGCGCUGACUUAUACCGCCACGCAGCAGCAGCAGGGCCUGCAGGUCAACUACAUGUUUGUUCCCUUGCCGGCGCCGUUGAUGCCGUAUGCCAUGAUUGGAAUCAGCCUGCUGUUCCCCGGCGGCAUUCAAGAUUUCUUUCUGGGUCUCUAUGGCCUUGUGGCUGCCCACAUGUGGGAGUUUUUGACCAGAAUUUAUCCCCAGCUUGGGGGCGGGCCCAAUAUCCUGCAGACGCCCGAGUUCAUGACACGCCUCGUGAGGGCCGUAGAGGGUCGCAUACAAGCCGUCUCCCAUUCUGGUGUCACAGGCGCUAGUGGCAAUAUGCCGUCGGGUAGCAGCACGGGCGUCAGCUCCGGCCCGCUCCCGGACGCCUGGAGGACGAGAGGUGCUGGACGCCGCCUCGGGUAG